CGCCGCCCGCCCAGAGCCCCUCCUGCUGCCGCACCAUCCUGUGCAGAGGUGCGCCGCCGGCCGCAGCUCCUCCUGCUGCCGCGCCAACGUCUGCGAGGAAAUCCAACGCCGCUCGCCAUCCCUGCGCACGCCGCGUGCCAUCGCGAGGAGGAGUUAUGCUGUGAGAGGCAAACUGAUGAUGAGGGCAGUGCCUCCAAUCCAUGCCAGCUUCCAUCCAGCAUUUCCUCAACACUCAAGCUUUCAAGAUGCAAACAGGAAGAAACAAACUGUUGCUUGCUAUCAAAGAAAGCAAGCUCCACAGAUAUAAGCCAAAUUCGAAGAAAACUGCUUGGUCUUGUUGGAGAAGAAGGCAAUGCAGCUAGUGUAUUGGGAGCAAACUUUGCUGCUGGCUUUGUAGCAGGUAGUCUUGCUGCUGGUGCUACAUGCCCUCUGGAUGUUGCAAAAACAAGGAGACAGAUAGAGAAGGAUACUGAGAAGGCAAUGAGAAUGACUACACCACAAACAUUAACUGAGAUAUGGAGGUGUGAAUAUAUUUGUCAAUUACAAAUGAAGAAAGGACACCUGACAUUCUUGAGGGAGAAGAAAAUGGCAUGGUAAGAUUAGCAUCCCAGAUGUGGUCAUGAUAAGGCACAUGCUAUCCAUCUAGUACAGAAAUGAUAAAUACAUAAAAUUUGGAAUGCCAAUUUUCCUCUGUUUCUAUAGAAAUCUGAGCACUAAUAGUACAGUAUUGUGACUUUAGGGUGCACUCUCAUGAAUGGUUCUUAUCUUCUUUUGGAUGUAGAGGACUGGAGCAGCCGCUGCAUGGCCUAUUUAGCAACCUCUGUGUUGGCUGCUGACUUUAGUUUGCUAGGCAUCUAGAUUUAGCAUUUCAACUAUAUGAUGUAUGAGUAACUUGAAUGGUGUAUCAAGAUUUUUCAAUGUAACAGCUACUUGAAUGGUUAAAUGAGCUGCUAGUGAUAGUAAGUUGAAUGGUUAAAUGAGAUUUUAGUAUGUAUAGCCUAUUAGCUGUC